AUGGCGGAAAAGCUUUUCCAGAAGCCGAAGGUCUACGACCCGACAAUGGCUGACAGAUCGAUGUUGCCGCCGACGAAUUCGAGAAUGCAGCAGAUGAUGGACUUGGGGUUUGAUGAUGCCAACAUGCAUCCGGAGAUGGAGGAGAAGUAUGGUCAACUCGCGGAGCAGCUGGAAGCCGCCCAGUCGCAACUGCAGGAGGCGCAGGCCGAGAUGAAUCGAGCCCGAGGAGACGAGGCGAAGAUGGCCCUGAAGCUGCAAAGCUUCCAGCAGGUCAACCGAUCCCAGAACGCCCUCGUGCGAGGCGAGCUUCAGAAGACGCGGAGGAAGCUGGCUCACAUGCAGUCUGUGGCGCAGCGGCUCAAAGACCAAGCAGCCUGGUUCCAGGCAAAGUCUCCGAAUCUUUCGCUUCCAGGGGAGCUCCAAGGCAUGCCCACGGAAGAGGAGGCAGCCGAGGAGCACGCGGAGCUCGCUCAGCUCCAUGAGCGCUGGGAGAAGGACGUCGCCCAGCUGGCCUUAGACCUCGAGGGGAGGCCGAGACCCACUGGAAGUGCUGCGGAGGGCUCGCCAGAGGCACAGACGCGCAUCGAGCAGCUGGAGCAGUUGGCAAAGAAGCAGGCGAAACAGCUCGAUCAGCAGGGGAAAGAGCUGGAGUACUUCAAGGGAGGCGCUCAGGCCUCUCCAUCCUCGUCGGAGACGUUGAGCACGAGCGGAAGCUUUGAGGAGGUUGCAUCGCUCCGGAAGGAUCUUGAGGCAGCCGAGGAAAAGACGAAGGAGCAGGUGAAGAAGCUCAAGCAGCUAGCAACUGCUCAGAACUCAUCAGACAAGUCCGUUGCGGGGCAGCAUACGCAUGCCAUCCCCGUAGGCUUUAUAGCGUUUAAGGUGGUUUCAACAAGAAGCAUCCGAGACCCGCCGCUCAUGGAGCUACGUUUGAAUGGGCUGUCGGGCUUCAUCUGUUCCCUGCACUGCGAUGUGGAAAGCACCAUUCUGGAUGUGAAGACUUGCGUCUGCUCGCUGACGGAGAUACCGUGCAUCGAGCAGCAACUGAUCUACGGCGCGCGCGAGCUGAGGGAUGAAGAGGUUCUUGGCAAGCUGGGCCCUGCACCGGGUUUGUCACUGGAGCUGGUGCUGCUGCGAGAAGACCCGGCACGUGCCAAGGCAUUGCAGUCGGUACGCAGUCUCGAGACCCUUCCGGAACCGCUGUGCCAAGAUCGGGACAUCGUUCUGGCCGCCGUGAGAAAUACGGGGUUUGCAAUCCUCCAUGCGGCGCCGGAGCUGCGCGCAGACCGGGAGAUUGCCUUGACUUCGGUCAGGGACCGUGGCUUCGUGCUUCGGUAUCUAGACGACUCCCUCAAGGCUGACAGAGAAAUCGUGAUGGCCGCAGUGGCAAAUGAUGCCUUUGCCGUACGCCAUGCCGCGGAGCCAUUGAAGGCAGACCGCGAGGUGGCCCUGAGCGCCGUGACAACCCACGGAUCAGCGGUGCAAUAUGUCAGUGCGACAUUAGCAGAGGACCGAGAAAUAGCCUUGGCUGCAGUGAAGAGCAGUGGUGCAGCUCUAAGAUACUUGGCACCGCCUUUUCGCAAAGACCGGGAAGUGGUGCUCGCUGCCGUUUGCAGUUAUGGCCAGGCAUUGAAGUUUGUCCUUGAUGAAGACCUGAAGCGUGAUCCGGAGAUUGCACUCACAGCAGUGAAAUCGGAUUUCGUGGCGUUUCAGCACGUGGCACCGGAGCUCGCGCAGACCAAUCCCCUCAUUGCACUUGCGGCGGUCAAGCAGAGUGCAAAAAUCUUCAAAAGCCUGCCGGAUUCGGUGAAAUCAGAUCGAGAGGUGGCGCUGGCAGCUGUCAGCAACGAUGGCUUCCUGCUGAACCGAAUCAACGAGCACCUGCAGAUUGAUCGUGACAUCGUGCUGGCGGCGGUGAGCAACAGUGCUGUGCUGGGCUAUGCAUGCCCAGAAAUGCGUGACGAUCGCGAAGUGGUAAUGGCUGCUGUGCGUCAGGAGGGGACCAUGCUGCAGUAUGCUUCAGGCAGCCUGAAGUCCGACGCAGAAGUUGUCCUUGCGGCAGUGAAGCAGAAUGGCUUCGCCGUCGUCUACGCAGAUAGACAGCUUCGCAGUCGGCGCGAUGUCUUCCUUGAAGCCGUCCGCAGCAGCGGAUCUGUGCUGCAGUGGGCAGCGCCCGAAUUCCGGGAGGAUUUGCAGAUUGCUUGUGCUGCUGUGGCCAGCAACCCUUCUGCCGUAAUGUUUGUUGCAGAGGACUUGAAGCAAAAGCGUAGGUUCUGGCUGGCUGCCUUACGUCGCAAUGCGGCCGUGGCGGAGUUCCUUCCCAAACGAUUUCGUCGUGACCAAGGCCUUCGCUUGCUGCUCAGAUCAACACGCUCUGCGCACCUGAGAUGUAGCGGAAGGAGGGUCCACGCAAAGCGGACGCGGCGCAAAACGGGAUUGCUGCCAGAGUGCAUGUGGACUUGUCGUCCGUGGCGGCCUGGUGAGCUGAAGGCCUACAAAAAACUCGAUUCGGAGAAGGGCGACUUGGAGGCGAAGCUCCGAUCAGCAGGUGGGAGGGCGCUGCCUCCACAGGUUGUGGCCAAAGUCCAAUCCGCCAUCGCAGCAGGCCGCACCAAGACCCUGCGCUGUCAGCAUGUCUUCCACAAAGACUGCAUCCAGGAGAUGCGCAGGUACUGCAAGAGCGACGAUGAUUGUCCGCUCUGCAGAUUGUCAUCUUACUCGUCCAGCGAAGGUGGGUCGGCAAGAAUGAUGCUUGAGCGGAGUGGACAAGCAUGGCUGCAAGGCGAGGUGGAACUGAGUGUGAGCAUGCUUCACGCUGCUGUGCGGAGAGACCCGCACAACGCGAUUGCCUGUGCACAUCUCAGCAACCACUACAGAAAGGGCAUCGGCGUCGACAAGGAUCUCGUCAAAGCGAAGCUUUAUGAAGAGCAAGUUCUUGGCGCCCUUGGAAAGGACAAAGCGAGCGAUCCAGCUCCAAGCAAGAGGAGGAACAAGGCAAAGCACAGCAUCAGGACACAACAAGCAGACAAGACACACCCAUCAGGUCGUCAUAAGCACAGUCCGCCAACGUCGAGAAGCCCCUUCACGAGGCCCAGAUCCAAGCGAUCGAGCCGAAGCCCAGGUCGGAAGAGGAAGGAGACCUUCUUUGCCGCCAGGCCAAAGGCUGCGGCAAAGCGCAGUAGACGGGAAUCGGAAGGUGGAAAAGAAGACACAGCCAGGAGGGCUGGGGUCGUGCCAUCGGGAAGCCGGGAUCCGGAUGCAGAUGGAGAUGUGCUCGAGUCCUCUGCUGCGGCUUCGCUGGUGGCUUCACGAGUUGAGGCUCCGUCCGGGGCUUCUCCGGAGGAAUCCCUGGAGCAGCCUGCUUCCGCAGCGGCCGCCACCCCCCGAUCUCCGUCCUCGAAAGAUGGCGACGUGGACUCGAAGGAGAAGUUGCUGAGCAGGCUGCAGGGGUUAUUCGAGGAGAUCUCGAGUGGGUCGCAGGACGAGGCGGAGGCGGAGGCCGAAGCGCCGACGGAGGAGUCCACGAAAUGGAAGCUGCACGACAGCCCUCCCCUCGUCCCAGUCCCAGAGGAGGCCGAGGAGGCCGAGGAGCCGGAAGCGGAGCCAGCGGAGCUAGCGGAGCCAGCGGAGCCUUGCGAGGCUCCGGCUCCUGUGGCUCCUGUGGCUCCUCGGCCGAGCCGGCGACGGCCACGACCCAGCACACGCGGGCCGGAGCCAGUAGAGCCCCCGCCAAAGCCCCUGCAGCCCGCAGAGCCCGCAGAGCCCGCGGAGCACGCGGAGCCCGCGGAGCACACGGAGCCGGAGCGCGUGCGCACCACUGGCCCUUCCGACCCAGAGUCGGCGCUCCCCUCGAAGGCUCCUCAAAAAAAUUCCUUCGCAGAGACCGCGGAGCCACACGACAAAAACAGAAGCAAGGGCUUCCGGAUCCCCGUUGAGGGGGUGUUGGUUCUCAAGAAUCAGAACUACGGUGCUGCGAUCGUCACAGUGCCUACCGCGAGAGUGCGGCAGGCCAUGGUGGACGCUUGUCAGAGGGUGACGAUUCAAGACGAGAAAGUCAAGGUGAGCGCUUAUGAAAAGCAGGACACUGCUCUCUAUGUCUACUGGUCGAAGCAGGAUGGCAGUGCUUCCAAGCUGCCGCAAACAGCGCUCGAAGAGUAUUUUCGCAGCAAGUACAACCAGGCCGUGCUGGAGGAGCAAUUCCGAGAGUGGUUGCGCGGCCUUGACAAAGGCAGAGGAGUUCUCCUGCAGUACUUCCCAGCGCUGAAGCAGAAGUUCAAAGCCGACACCUCACGGCUCCUCUCGAUGAAAGUCGGUGGUGCUGGCAGUGCUGGCGUUAGAGCCAUCGACCCUGCCUUGUGGGACAUGUGCGAGAUCAAGCCUCUGGGGCAUCGUGCCAUGUUUUCUCGUGGCAUUUGUGAGCUGGCAGACCAACUGCCGGAAAGUGCUCUGAAGCAACAGCGAGUGUCAGUCAUGAGCCUGUGGUUCUCAUUGCAUGUUCCCCGUCUCAGCGGGCACCUGCCAGUUGUGAUCGUGAGCCGUGCGGUUUUCUACAUGGUCGCAGGCAAGAAGCAAGUGGCGGUGGAAAUUCAACAGCAGCUACCGCAGGUGUUGGAAGAGGUCAUGCGAAGCAAGGCAGCAGAGCUGCAAAAGUUGCUGGAUAAAGGAUCGCAGGAGUGGAAAGAGAAGUACGCUAUCGAGUGUGACAGAAGACGCAAGUUGCACAACCUGGUGCAGGAAUUGAAAGGCAACAUCCGUGUGUACUGCCGGGUUCGACCGAUGACAGAGACAAGGGCAGCCCACGGCUGCUGCAUCAGCUUUCCAGGACCAGAUGAGAUCCAGAUCAGCAAUGCAGACAUGGGCACCAAGAAGAGCUUCCAGUUCAACGAGAUCUAUCGACAAAACUCGAGUCAGGAAGAUCUCUUCACUGGAAUCCGGGAUUUAGUUGUCUCGAUGCUGGAUGGUUACAACGUCUGCAUGUUUGCCUACGGUCAGACGGGCUCUGGCAAAACGCACUCCAUGCAGGGGACAAGGGACAAUCCUGGCGUUUACACGCGAACCUUCAACGAGCUCUUCAAGGUGGCCAAAGAAAGGACUGGCUGGAAGAUUGAGCUCAAGGGUGCCUGCGUGGAGAUCUACAACGAGGAGAUUCGAGACCUCCUUCUCGGGCCCGGCGACAAGAAGCAGAAGCUUCAGGCGACUUUGGCGGCUUUGGCUGUCCGGCAGGGCAAGGAAGGGAACUACGUGCCCGGAUUGACGAUGCAGCCGGUGAACAACGCCGAGGAAGUUGAGAUGCUGCUUAGCACGGCUCAGACGAAUCGAACGGUUGCUGCCACGGACAUGAAUCUGCACUCAUCUCGUUCGCACCUUGCUGCCCUGAUCCGAGAUUGCGUCAGUGUAGCGGGCAUAGCAUGCCGACCAGACACCGAGCCUCAAUUGUUAGCGGGGGUCCCGAAGGUCCAAAUCUUGGGGACGAUGACGAAUCCUGACGGCAAGCAGUUCUUGUCGGCCAUUACUCUGGUGCGCCCUGGAUAUCCUUGGAUCUUAAGCGCCAGAAGCGGCAGGGAGGAAGUCUACACUUUGCCUGCGGAGGUGGAUCUGGCAGGCUCCGAGCGUCUGGCCAAGUCUGGCGUUGCGGGAGACCGUGCCAAGGAGGCCAUUGCCAUCAACAAGUCGCUCAGUGCACUGGGAGAUGUCAUCGCCGCACGGGCGCAGAAGCAGGGCCACACGCCUUAUCGAAACUCGGUGCUUACACACUUCCUUCAGGACUCCUUGGGCGGGGACUCCAAGACAUUGAUGCUGCUUCAGCUGAAUCCUUGCGGCAGCCAUGUCGAGGCCAUGAUGCCCUCAGGCAUCCCUGAAUAUGCCCCAGUCCUUUCCGAGAAGGAGGCGACAGAGGCUUUGAAGAAGUUUGUGAAGAAGAACCGGACUCCCAAAGACCGGGCGAAAUUCAUGAGCACCCCAACGCCGAUGCCACCCCCAGAGGAGGCUGGUGAGCUCCGUCCUGACGAGCGACGGCCAGAACCCUCAAUGACCCUGCCUGGAACGAUGCCAGGCCUUGCCGAUGCAGAUGCAUCCAUGAAGAAGCUGGUGAAGUUUGACAUCUUUGACUCCAUAGACGAGGAGCGCAUUAAGGACUUCGAGGCGGCCGCCGAGCGAAGCAAAGCGCAGUCGAAUUACAAGGAGUACAAAGCCAAGAACAAGAAGGCUGCCUUUCUUCAGCUUGCAAAUUGCAAUUCGUGGUGA